AUGGAUCCCCAUCCCAUCUAUCUGUUGGAUUCAACCUCUGAGUCGGACCUAGACAGCGACGAUUCGCUCGGCGGGCCUGUCUACGGUCCACCAGGCGGGUAUGGCUAUUACGACAUGGACACAGACGAUUCGGAUUUGUUUUCCGAUUCGGAUUCCGACGGGGAGGGCUUCUUCCACGGCGAUCCCUUUGGCUUCCUCCCGCGCCUCAUGUACGUCUUCCAGCAGCAGCACUUCCAUCGUCAGCACGUGCGCCAGCGACCACAACGCUACGUUCCUGCUCCCAACGAUCGAAGGCCAGAGUACAACAUCCACUACUCGCCCAACUCAGUUGCCAAAUGCCAGAAAUGCAAGAAGUCCAUUCUCGAAGGCGAGCUGAGAUUGACCGACGUGCUGGACUAUGGGCUGCUGGGCAUUUGCCCAGGGUCCAAAUACACGCAUCUGUCGUGUUUCACCCCGCGCGGCAUCGUCACGUCCCUCUACCAGCUGGCCGGCGUGUCGCAACUCCAGGAAGAGGACAAGCAGCAGGUCAUCAAGCGUCUGCAAGCCUGCAGCCGCUGGGGUCCACCAGGAUGGCGCGCAAGCUCGAGAGAGGAGAAGCGCGCGGUGGAUGCCAGCAUCCUCCACCUGAAGACGGUGCCCGUGCUGAAGCAGAUGUGCCUGGAGCACAACCUCAGGCGGGCGGGCCGCAAGGCCGAUCUCAUCGGGCGCCUGCUCGACCACCAGGAGAAGCUGCAGCCCUGGAUUCCUCCGGAGCAGCCCACGCCGGUGGUCGAGUGGCAGCUGGAGAAGGACGUCGGCCUGUUCGACGUCCUGCCGGAGGAAAUGAUCCUCAAGAUCAUCUCCUACCUCGGCCCUUCCGACUUUGCCCACUUGGCGACCGUCUCUCGACACUUUAGUGAAUUCCUGAAGGAAGACCUGCUGUGGAAGGACCUGUACGAGCGGACGUGGCCCGAGGAGUUCAAGGGAAGAGGAGGAGAAGGAGGAAAGAGAGAGAAAGAAAAGGAGGAGAAAGAGAAAGAAAGGAAAAGGAGGGGAAGGACGACAACGAAAAGGAAAGAGGCCGAGGCCGAGGCCGGCACGAAGGAGAGCGCCGACAAGGACGAGAGCAGUCCUCCGCCGGCCAAGAAGCAGAAGCUGCACCACAGCGCCCCGACAUCGCCCUCAUUCAGCGAGACGCUGAUCGAAGAGGAGGAGAGGACUCUGCUCGAAGCGAGGCUGAGGGAUGCCCAAGUGCUCGGUCUGCCGUUCCCUCCGUUCAUGGACAUCCUCGCUAGGGCGGAGGACAAGGCCAGAGUCGCCGCCAAGGAAGAGGAGGAGCGCGAGAAGGAGCCGAAGACCUGGAAGGAGAGGUUCUACGUCCAGCACCUCGACGCGCUGUUGGACCAACGCUUCCAGUGGCCGCAAGAGACCUUCAUACUUCGGGACCUGCGCCAUGACUCUCCAACCUUGACACGGAUCGAGUUCCUGCACAUCCUGCGCCGGUUCGAUCUCGCAUGCCUCAAGGAGAUCUGCAGGCUCUACGACGUGGACCAGAGUGGCGCGGAGACGCUUCCGCGCGUGACGCUGGUGGAGAGGAUCACCGAAGCCUUCUUCCUCGGCAAGAUCGCCAACUUCGACAAGAUCAUCGACGCCAUCCAGGAACGCAAGGCGCGCGUCAAGGGCCACUGCCCCUUCGAGCCCUACUAA